AUGGAAAGCUGUCUAAAUGAGAUUGACUUUGUCAUUCUGGAGGAAGGUGUCAUUGCUCAGGAUGUCAUUGCCCAGAAGAUCAAUGAGAAAAAACCCACAGAUGACACAGAUGCCUUCUACGUUGCUGACCUUGGUGAAAUUAUAAACCAACACCUGCAGUGGCAGAAGGCGCUGCCUCGAGUCAAGCCUUUCUAUGCUGUGAAAUGCAAUGACAACAAACCGGUGGUUUGGACUCUUGCUCAGUUAGGGACCGGCUUUGACUGUGCCAGUAAGAAUGAGAUUGCAUUGGUGCAAGAUCUUGGGGUCCUCCCAGAGAGAAUUAUUUAUGCAAACACCUGCAAGGAGAUAUCUCAUGUUAAAUUUGCUGCCGCCCAUGGGAUCCAGAUGAUGACAUUCGAUAAUAAGGAUGAAAUUUCCAAAGUUGCACGGAUCCAUCCCACAGCUAAGAUGGUUCUUCGCAUUGUCACAAAUGAUGCUUUGUCGUGUAUUCCCCUGAGUGUGAAGUUUGGGGCAACUUUAAAUGAAUGCAGACAGCUGAUGGAAUGUGCUAAAACCUUGAGUGUUGACAUCAUUGGUGUCAGUUUCCAUGUUGGGAGUGGCUGUAUGAAUCCGCAGGUAUUUGCUCAAGCCAUAGCAGAUUCACGUCGAGUCUUUGAAAUUGGGACGAGCCUUGGAUUUAACAUGAAUCUGCUUGAUAUUGGUGGUGGUUUCCCAGGCAUGGACAAUGACAAAAUAACAUUUGAGAAGAUUACAGCAGUAAUCAAUCCUGCACUGGACCAUCACUUCCCUGCAGCAAGUGGAGUCAAGAUAAUUGCUGAACCAGGCCGUUAUUACGCAACAUCAUCAUUCACACUGGCUGUGAAUAUCAUUGGUAGAAAAAUUAUUCAUAGAGCUUCAACUGACUCCGAUGGUAAAUUCUGCCACCAUUGA